UUUUUUUAUCAACUCUUUUAUGAAACAAACUUGAUAUUGUUCCCUUUCUAAUUCAAUCUUGCAAAAGAUACACAACAAUACAAAAGUCUUUUUCAUCAACCCCUUUUUUCAACCUUACAAAAAUAAACAACAAAAAAAAAAGUCACAAUCAACCAUUUUCGCUAGUGACUUAAACUUCUUAUCUCAUAAUUUUCUUGAAAACUCAAACAUCAACAUGGCUAAAAAUCCAAAAGAUACAUCUUCAACAAAGUGUUUUUCAAGCAUUUUUCAAAGGCUUAUAUGUGGUGGAAGUUUACCAACACACCCUUGUGAUCAAUUUAAAGAAGCAAACACAACAACAUAUGAGGCAAAUAGUAACAAAUUAGUUGGAGGAGCCAAUAGUAGUCCAGGAAUUGUGGCAAGGCUAAUGGGAUUAGAGUCAUUACCUAGAGAAGAAAAAAGUAAAUUUGGUUCAUUUUCAAGAAGCAAAUCAGCUAAUUCACUAGAUUACUUGAUGCAAUUUGAUCUAACUCAACAAUUUCAUCAUAGAAGAGUUAGAACAUCUCUAUCUUUUCGCGAAAUUCCGAAUCAAGAGGAGUCCAAGUCUGAGUAUUUAGUGUUUUGCAUCAAUGAUGAAAAACAAGAAAUGAUGAAGCCAAAGAAAAAGAGACAAAAUGUUGAGAAGAAACAAGUUAGUGGAAAACAAAACAGGAUUGGUAAUAAUAAAGUGAAAAAACAAGUGAUCAAGUUUGAAGAUUAUCCUACAAAGAUGUGUGUUGAAUCUAAGAAGAAUAAGAGAAAGAGCAAAUGUGUAGUGUCUACCAAGAUUCAACCUUUAUAUUAUAAUUCAACUCCAAAUGAUCAUCUUCAACAAGAUGCUACUAUCCCUUCAGAAGGGAAAAUUCAGGUAAAUUCAGAUGCAAUGAAAAGCAAAGUAGAGAAGCAAAAGGAGAUUAGUAAAGAGAAAGAUCAUUACAUAAAAGUGGUUGGAGAAAUUUGUAGAUUAACAGAAGAAGAGUUAAAUGAGUCACAUUGGAUAACAUCAAUUAGAAAUGGAGAAAACAUCAACUUUGAAGAUUUAUGCCAACAAUUUGGACAACAACUUCUUCAACUAUUAAUAGAUCAACUAGUCCAUGAACUUGUAAUCUUUGCACAAUGAACAUAUUCAUGUGUGUUUCCUACUUGUUUAAUAUCAUGUGUUCCCAAUUCUACAACAAAUAUCUCAAAAAUUGUACAAGGAAUUUGGAAUCCAAAAGACUAAAGAAUGAUUGCUCAUGUUGAUUUUAAUGG